CAGUACCAGCUGUGUCGUGUUUUUAAACUCCUGGGUCUUUCCCUACACAGAGUUAUAAAUGGACCUGAUUCAAGGGUUGUUGUGCUCAGGAAUGUGCAUUUCCACAAGAGGGAUCUGCAUCUGCGGAGACAAUUGCAAAUGUACAACCUGCAGCUGUAAAACCUGCCGUAAAAGUUGCUGUCCCUGCUGCCCCCCAGGCUGUGCCAAGUGUGCCCGGGGCUGCAUCUGCAAAGGGGGCUCAGACAAGUGCAGCUGCUGCCCCUGAAACCCACCCAUGGCACCAGGAGAGAUCCUGGAAGUGACUGCCCGGUGCCUGAGUCAAAGGAUUGACUUUGUAUAAUAAGUUGUGCCUUUUAUAUAUAUAUAUGCCCAAAUGUGGUGCCCAUGAUGUUCGUGUAAAGUUCUUGGAGCAAUAAAGCUUUCAUGGCUA